AUGGACGUGAAGAAUGCAUUUCUUAAUGGAGAUUUGAAAAAGAAGGUCUAUAUGAAACCCUCUUCAGGUUAUUCUUAUCCUUCUAGCAAAGUGUGUCUCCUUCGUAAGGCACUUUAUAGUCUUAAGCAAGCUCCUCGUGAAUGGUUUGACAAGUUCAGCACCACUAUAUGCAAUCUCAGUUUCACUUGCAGUCCUCAUGAGAGUGCUCUCUUUAUUCGUAAAAGUGAAUGUGGAGUUAUUCUUUUGCUUUUGUAUGUUGAUGAUAGGAUCAUUACUGGCGAUGCUGUUGAUGGUAUCUCUAAUCUCAAAGCCCCUCUUCACCGUAUUUUUAAGAUGAAAGAUCUUGGUUCUCUUAGUUAUUUUCUUGGUCUCAAGGUCAUAUCCACAGAUGAUGGUAUCUAUCUCUCUCAAGUUAAGUAUGCUUCGGAUCUUCUUGCUCGAGCCGAUAUUACAGAUAGUCGCACUGAGUAUACUCCUCUUGAGCCUAAUGUUUGUUUUACUCCUAUGGAUGACACUGUUUUGGAUAAUCCUACUCUUUAUCGACAGUUAGUUGGAGGACUAGUCUACUUAACUGUCACCCGACCAGACAUUGCCUAUCUGGUUCAUGUUCUUAGCCAGUUCUUGUCAGCUUCUCGUACUACUCACUAUGCAGCAGCUCUUCGCGUUCUUUGCUACAUCAAAGGCAUCCUAUUUCAUGGCCUUUAUUUUUUUACCCAUUCAUCUUUAUCCCUUCAGGCGUACUCAGAUGCUGACUGGGCUGGUGAUCCCACUUAUCGUCGUUCUACUACUGGUUAUUGUUUGUUUUUUGGCGACUCUCUCAUUUCCUGGCGAGUUAAGAAGCAAAUGUUCAUUGCUCGAUCAAGCACGGAAGCUAAAUACCGUGCUUUCGCUGACACCACUAGUGAGGUUGUCUCGAUUUGUUGGCUUCUCGAAGACUUUGGUGCACCGCAGUCGUCCCCAAUUGAUGUUUUUUGUGACAACUGCAGUGCUAUUCAGAUUGCCCAUAAUGAUGUGUUUCAUGAACAUAUCAAACACAUUGAGAUUGAUUGUCACUUUGUUCGGCAAUGCAUCCUUACUACUGUUGUUCGUCUUAUCAUUGUUGAAACACUGGAUCAGACUGCUAAUAUCUUCACGAAAGCUCAUCAUCCGACUCGUUUUCGGACUCUGAUAUCCAAACUCAAGAUGGUAUUCUUAGCUCCCACUUGA